AUGCUACGUGUUGCUGAAUACAUUGCAAUUUUGCUGAGAUGGCCUCGUUUUGGAGUGUUGGGCGCUCCUACGAUUCAGCGGACGCCACUGUCGUGUUUGGCACUGGCACCCAAAGCAUGCAGCCCAUUUGAGACGCGAGGCGAAAUUCCGUCUCUUCACCUCUCGGUCUCUCUUUUAGUCUCAAAUAUACCCCCCGACACUCGCGUACUUUCUUCAGAAUCGGACACACUGUGCCUUCGAGGGCGGAACGAGCUGUUUCGCAUCGAAUCCGACUUUUCUGUCGACCACCAAGUUUGUUUUCCUUGUGUUCCGGAGUUCGUCUUCAUGGGAAUCGUUAAAGUGUGUGUACGGCAGUGGCAACCGCCAAGUGGUGGAGGCUCUGCUCUCGCAGACGAUCACGGUGCGACAGAAAAGGCAGAAACCUCUGAUAGAGUCGUCUCAUUCGGCAUCAUUGCCGACCCCCAACUCGGCAUGCUGAAGAAGAAUGCCGAGUGGGCUGAAGAGAUCGGCAGGCUACGCUGCGGACUUGAUGCGAUAAAGCGACAGAAUCCGGCUUUCAUCAUCGUCCUUGGCGACUUGGUGCAGGCGUUCCCUGAAGACGAGGGUAACCGGCUAAACAGGGAACGUGAGAUCAGCGAUAUUCGUCAGACCCUACAGUCAUUUUCAGGCGAUGUCCCUGUGUUGAUUGUCGCUGGCAACCACGAUGUGGGUAACGCGCCGACGGAGCAGAACCUCGAUGACUUCCGAGCUCUCUGGGGCGAUGAUUACUACAGUUUCGACCUCGGCCACGCUCGCGGCAUCGUCUUGAAUUCUUGCUUGUUCUUCAACCCGGCCAAUGCACCUGGAGAAGCUGAGGCACAGUUCGUAUGGCUAAAGGAGGAAUUAGAGACGGCGAAAGAAGAGCGGAAACCGGUUCUGCUCUUCAUGCACCACGCGUUUUUCUGGAGUGACUGGAACGAAGCAGACGACAUCGGCAUCAUCCACAUUCGACCUUUGAACCUCGAUACUCCAAAAAGCCACUUCCACCUGCCUCGGGCGCAGCGAGACAGGCUUCGAAGCUUGCUGAGGAACUCCACAGUGUCACACUCCUUUCAUGGCCACUUGCACGACAACAUGGUUGUGCACGCAAGCGAUCCUGGUCUCGAGCAAGUCGUCACGUCGGCAACAGGCCUGCCGCUAGGAGAUGCGCCAGCGGGGUUUAGGAUGGUCCAUGUCGACGCAAGAGGCGCUGUGAAGCACGAGUUCUUUGCGCUUUUGGAAUCGCACAUACCUGAAGAAAAGUGCACUUCAGUCACUAACUAGAGGGUGCCCCGAAACGACUGAAUUCUCUGUCGCCAAAGCAAGAUUUCACAUCGCACUUUUGACUGGCACACUCCUGGCACAGUUCAGAUCUGGGCGAUAAAGUUGACUACGGCAAGGAGUCCGUCUGUGGCCCGUCUCGCUUUCCAGGAUCCGCCGCUCUCGUGAAAAAUAUUAAUCUGCUGUCUCGCGGCGCUUUUGUUUGUUACGGUCUUUUUCCGCUGAAUAGCUACUAGCGGUGUCUCGCUCAGCCUCUCGUUCAGGUACGGCCACCGGGUCUUUCUAGGUUUCCAGCCCCUUUAUCAGGAGUGGGAACUGAAGCAAGUAGUGUAGGUGUGCGGAAGGGAAAGUGGAGUUUACAGCUGCAGACAAUGCGGCAGGCACCUUCGGUUAUAGUAGCGAAUUUGGUCGGCAGCGUAUUUCUGCCGAUGAUGCCCUACGAUGAUACAGGGAUUCCGUGCUGGGGUGAUUCGCCUGUCAGAUUCACCUCGUAUGGAUAUGCAACAAUUUUAGACAGGCAGCCAUUUUAAGAACGGCACUCGAGUCCUUUCUUGUGUAAAACCUUGAGGACAAAAAUGAGUAAAGAGGCACGCUGCCAUUGUGAUCUGUCA